GGCAGCUAUUUGAUUAGCGGGACUCUGUGCCAGCCUCUGUUCGGGGACGAGCAUGAAGGAACGGUGCAGUUGCUGGUGCAUGGGAUUCCUUUCGACUCGCAGUACUGGGACUUUCAGUACGAUUCUGAAAUGUAUUCGUACGUCUGGGCCGCCUCUGCUGCGGGAUAUACCACUUUCCGAUACGAUCGACUGGGAACGGGCCUGUCCGAGCACCCGAUUGACGGACUCAAUGUCGUCCGAGCAGAUACGGACGUACAGAUCCUUAGCUCGAUAGCAUCGCUCCUUCGCACCGGGACGUUGACAGGCACGGGAUACAACAAGAUCCUGCUUGUUGGCCACUCUUACGGCUCUGUCCAAGCAACGGCCCUCGCUUCCCGCACUCCGGCAGCAGUUGACGGGAUAAUUGCUACCGGAUUUUCAGCUUAUGGGGGAGCGGUACCACUCUUCCUCGCUUCGGGCUUGUGGUCCUCCGCCGCGCAGGUCGCGCCCUACGCGUACGCCUCGCUGGCAAGCACGUACUUGCUCCCUGCUGUUCCGCAGGCUGCUCAGAUGAACUUCUAUUAUUAUCCGGGGUAUGACGAGAGCGUAUUCGUAUACGACGCGGCAAUGCCACAGCCUGUAACGGUGGGGGUAAUGUUUACCUUGGAGACAGUCGCUGGUCCAGCAAGUAACUUUACAGGUCCGGUGCUGCUAGUGACGGGGGCACAGGAUUUGCCAUUCUGCGGAGGGAACUGCUACGCUCUCCAGCCUUCAAACCAGACGAUCUUGCAAGAAACGGGCACGGCGCUCUUCCCCGCCAGCAAGUACAGCUACUACGCACCCCAGCUGACAGGGCAUAAUGUCAACUUGCACUUGUCCGCGCCGGAGACUUAUGCCGCCAUGAUCGAGUGGGUGCUGGAGAAUGGAUUCUAG